CCAUGGCGCCGUGUCCCUGCUCUCUCAGUUACUGAAAGUGGCCGCCUCUCUGCUGCUGCCGGCCCAGCGAUCACAGAUUCGCUCGUUGCUCAGCACCGCCAUUUUGGAGACAGAGAGGCGAGAGCCGGCAGCAGCUGAGAGAGAGAGAGAAAAGGGGACCGGGGCUUGAGCAGUGCAGUUUAAAGCCCACACUUGGGUGUGAGAGUCGUGUUCUAUGGCCUCAGAGUUAAAUGAAGUGGAAGAUGGUGGCUGUUCAGAACUGGCAAGACCUCUUCAUCUGCAGUAUUUGGAACGAGCCCUAAAGCUAGACACCUUCCUACGACAGACUGCAACUUUCUUCAACAAAAAUGUCUCAAGUGACGAUAGUGAUGACGGUUUGGAUAUGGGUUCCUCCCUGGCCCGCUCGGACCCCUGCCCUCUACUGAGAGUCAAAGAGGAGCCUGUGGACCCGGAGGAGGAGGGCGUGGAGCCCUGCGGAGCAGCUGAGCCUGGGGUCCGGCCAGAAACCAGCUCACUCAACGGAGCUCUGCAUCAGGCACCAAAAAUAGACAAAGGCAGUUUGUACAACUUUUCGAAGCUGAAGAAAAGCAGAAAGUGGCUUAAGGGUAUCUUGCUGAGCGACGACACCACAGACUCGGACUCUGAUACAGACGAGGAGGAGUUCACACUCUCUAAAGAAGAGCUUCAGGACAUGCUGAGGCUGCACAGAUACAAGAAGCUUCAUCAGAACAAGUUCCACGCAGACAGAGAGUUGCAGCAGUACCAGUACUACAGUGCAGGGCUUCUUUCCACCCAUGACCCGUUUUAUGAACAGCAGCGCCACCUACUGGGGCCCAAGAAAAAGAAAAUUAAAGAGGAGAAGAAAUUAAAGGCAAAGUUAAAGAAGGUGAAAAAGAAGAGGAAGCGUGACGAGGAGUUCCUCUCUGAGGGGCGGCAGUACACCACCAAAAUCUUUGCCAAGUUCUCCCACGACACUCCCCCACCCAUAUCCAAGAAGAAGCACCUAACAGUCGAACAGCUGACGGCACGGCGACGCAAAGUCUGGCUGACUAUUGCCAAAAAAGAAAACCCUAAGACGUUCAAGCAGAAAGCCUCAGCACGGAACCUUGUCAUAACAAAUGCCAAAAAGCUGGCCCACCAGUGCAUGAGGGAGGUGAGGCGGGCUGCUAUCCAGGCCCAGAAGAACUGCAAGGAAACCCUUCCGCGGGCCCGCCGUCUCAACAAGGAGAUGCUGCUGUACUGGAAGAAGUACGAGAAGGUGGAGAAGGAGCACCGCAAGCGGGCUGAGAAGGAGGCUCUGGAACAGAGAAAGCUUGACGAGGAGAUGAGGGAGGCCAAGAGACAACAGCGAAAGCUAAACUUCCUGAUCACCCAGACCGAGCUGUACGCCCAUUUCAUGAGCCGCAAGCGCAACGCAGAGAGUGAUGCGAUACAGGAUGAGAUCCUGAUGAAACUGGACGACAGCUCAGCGCACCGCCAGAUUGAUAUUGGUGGAGGUGUAAUGGUUAAUGUCAGCCACGAGGACUACGACAGUAACUAUUACAAGUCUGAGGCUCUGAAGAAUGCAGAGGAGGCCUUCCAGAUCCACAAAGCCAGAACCCGGUUGUUCGAUGAAGAGGCGAAGGACAGCCGCUGUGCCUCUGUGCAAGCUGCCAAAGAUGACAGUUCUUGUUUUAGAGAGAGCUACAGCCUGGCUAACCCAUCAAUCCGUGCUGGAGAGGAUAUUCCUCAGCCCACCAUCUUCCACGGAAAGCUGAAGGGCUACCAGCUGAAGGGCAUGAACUGGCUUGCGAAUCUCUAUGAACAGGGUAUCAAUGGAAUCCUUGCUGAUGAAAUGGGUUUGGGUAAAACUGUUCAGAGUAUUGCACUUUUGGCUCAUCUCGCUGAGCGAGACAACAUCUGGGGUCCAUUUUUAAUCAUAUCACCCGCUUCCACUCUGAACAACUGGCACCAAGAGUUCACCAGAUUUGUUCCGAAAUUCAAGGUGUUGCCUUACUGGGGGAACCCCCAUGACAGGAAGGUAAUCCGUAAAUUUUGGAGUCAGAAAACCUUGUACACGCAAGAUGCCCCUUUCCAUGUGGUGAUAACCAGCUACCAGCUUGUCGUCCAGGAUGUGAAGUAUUUCCAGCGGGUGAAGUGGCAGUACAUGGUACUGGAUGAGGCACAGGCUCUGAAGAGCAGCACCAGUGUGCGGUGGAAGAUCCUGCUCCAGUUUCAGUGUCGAAAUCGAUUGCUGCUGACUGGAACUCCAAUCCAGAACACAAUGGCUGAGCUCUGGGCACUUUUACAUUUCAUCAUGCCAACUCUGUUUGACUCCCAUGAAGAGUUCAAUGAGUGGUUUUCUAGAGACAUUGAGAGCCAUGCGGAAAACAAGUCGGGCAUUGACGAGAACCAGCUGUCUCGGUUGCACAUGAUACUGAAGCCCUUCAUGUUGAGACGUAUCAAGAAGGAUGUAGAGAAUGAGCUUUCUGAUAAGAUUGAAAUUCUCAUGUACUGUCAACUGACCGUCCGUCAGAAACUUCUGUACCAGGCUUUGAAGAACAAAAUCUCAAUUGAGGACCUUCUCCAGUCUUCAAUGGGCACGACACAGCAGGCACAGAACACAACCAGUAGCUUAAUGAACCUUGUCAUGCAGUUUAGAAAGGUGUGUAACCAUCCAGAUCUGUUUGAACGGCAGGAAACCCGAUCUCCAUUUCACAUGUCCUUGAAAUCCUAUGUCAUGUGCAAGUUUCUUUACCGCCAGGGCCUGGUCUCCACGUUCAACCAGAGCCGCACCAGGUUGUUACAGGUCCUGCUUUCGCCAUUUGCACCAGAUCACAUCCAUCAGUCCUUAUUUCACAGGAAAGGGAACAAUGAGGGCAGUUGCUUCUCUUUCUUGCGGUUUAUAGAUGUGUCUCCUGCUGAAAUGACCAAUGUAAUGCUUCGAGGAAUAUUAGUCAGGUGGUUAGCUCUUUUUCUGUCUCUGAAGUCUUCUUACCGGCUCUACCAGCAGCACCUGUGGGCUGCAGGAGGGGAUGAAGCUGAGGCCAAGUCUGUGUUUCUAGGUAACAAGACUCUCAUUCUGUGGUUGGACUCCCCAACCUCCUUCCCCAGUGUCCGCAGCAGUCCAGUAUUACAGGACCUCAUUUUCACUAGUCAGAGUAGUUUAGUUAUGGGCCACGCAGACCUGGUUAUACAUCGAAGGAAAUCGGCUACCUCAACCAUCCGGCAAUGCCAACGAACAGAACUUCCAAAAUUCCUAUUCAACUCUAUACCACGGGUAACAGCAGUCCCUAUGGAUCAGUACUGUAAUGACCGCAGUGCUGAUUAUGAGUGGAGGGUGACGAGAGAUGGUGGGGGUCUCACUGUCAAGCAGUGCUUCUUGUACGGAGCUCCAGAGCUGGCAAGCAAUUGGGUGGGGCACCGGCCGUCGUUUUUCCCUGAGAGCCCAGGAGGUGUGAUGGCACUCUACCCGCGACACGGCUGGUCCUUCAUAAGGAUCCCAGACAAGGAGACUUUGAUUACAGACAGUGGGAAGUUGCACACUCUGGACCUGCUCUUGACCAGGCUGAAAUCCCAUGGACACCGAGUCCUCAUCUACUCCCAGAUGACCCGAAUGAUAGACCUGCUGGAGGAGUAUAUGGUUUUUCGCAAGCAUACUUACAUGAGGCUAGAUGGGUCUUCAAAGAUUUCAGAGAGGCGUGACAUGGUGGCAGAUUUUCAGAGCAGAACCGAUAUCUUUGUCUUCCUCUUGAGUACUAGAGCUGGGGGCCUUGGCAUCAACCUGACAGCUGCUGACACAGUUAUAUUUUACGACAGUGACUGGAAUCCAACAGUGGACCAGCAAGCCAUGGACAGAGCCCACAGGCUGGGGCAGACCAAGCAGGUGACUGUGUACAGGUUAAUAUGCAAGGGGACAAUCGAAGAGAGGAUAUUGCAGCGAGCCAAGGAGAAGAGUGAGAUCCAGCAAAUGGUGAUCUCGGGCGGAAAUUUCAAACCAGACACUCUGAAACCAAAGGAGGUGGUCAGUCUGUUACUGGAUGACGAGGAGCUGGAAAAGAAAUUGAGAAUGCGGCAGGAGGAAAAGAGACAACUGGAAGAGUGCAAUAAAGUUAAAGAUCGCAAGAGAAAAAGAGACAAAUACGCUGAGAAGAAGAAGAAGGAAGAUGAGGUGGAUUUAAAAAAGAAAAAAGAAGGGGUGAAUAUUGUCAUUCCGUUCCUGCCGUUGGCAGACAACUCUAACCUGUCUGCAGACGGAGACGAUUCCUUUAUCAGUGUGGAUUCGGCAAUGCCAAGCCCCUUCAGCGAGAUCUCAAUGAGCAGUGAGCUGCUAGCAGGAUCGAUACCCGCGGACGAGAGCAGCAGUGACAUGCUGGUGAUUGUUGACGAUCCGACAUCCUCCGCUCCCCAGUCUCGGGCAACCAACUCGCCCGUAUCUAUCACAGGCUCUGUGUCUGACACCAUAAACGGCGUCUCCUCUCAGGACACGUCGAGCCCGGGGCGUGGAAGGUCAGGUCGUUCCCGCGGGCGCCCCAAAGGCUCAGGCGGAGGGACCAAGUCAGCUGGGAAGGGGAGGAGCCGCAAGUCGACCGCAGGAAGUGCCGCAGCGAUAGCAGGGGCCAUGGCGGGAGCUGCAGCUGCCUCAGCGGCUGCUUACGCAGCAUAUGGUUACAGCGUAUCAAAAGGUAUUCCUGCGAGCAGCACACUGCAGCCUUCCCUCUCCCGAUCCUCCAGUACAGCCACCUUCAUCCCUACAGGCGCUUCCUCUCCGCUAGCCUCACCGCAGGGUAAAGGGAAUAGCAUCCCUGUAAGCCAUACUAGCACCCCCAACCCUCCGACUCCCAAUAGAAAAAAUAAAGGACCCAGUGCACCAGGAGAACAAUAGCAGAAACCCUGCAUCAGGAGAUCUACGCUGCCAUUGCACUCUCACUGCACCUUCGAACCCCAGUCCUUUUGCAUCGGAAACAGAACCACAGUGUACAGGCAUCAAAGAAGCACAGAUUUUAGCAUCCCAAGAUUAUGCGGUAAUUUAGCCAUUUUUAAAGUGGUGUAUUCUUCAGCAAACACUAGGUCAAGCCACUUGUGAUUCAAUAUCUAGAAACCAACAUUGUACAUUUCUUGCCAUUCAGCUUUCUGGAGAAGAAAAACAGUCACCAAUGCUGCAAUACAAAUGGGAGGAAUAAAAAGACCACCUUGAGGCAAAAAUAAUAAUUUAAUAUGGAGGACGCACACACAGCAGAGGGCUGCUUUGAUGAAACAAUCAUUUUUUGCCCUUAUUUUGUUUAUUUAUUUAUUUUUGAUCUUUAGCGUAUGCGUGAUUAUAUUUUGCCAGACAAUAUAAAUUCAACUCCCUCGUUAGUUGUUUAUUUAUAAUUUGCAUACCAUCAGGCAAACAAAAGACCAAAGUGUUGAGUAACCGUUCCCGUUAGGCUGGUGUCCAAGAAUAAAGUGGUAUAGUUGUCUUUUGAGCUGUUAUCUAAUAUUUACAUUUUUUACAAAAAUCCUUCCUGGUUUUUCAUUUAAACAAUUGGUGUAUUUAUCUGUGUCCUGAACAAUAACCCCCACCUUGUUUUCUGUGAUUAAUUCCGAAAGUUUCAGUGUUCUCAGUAUUAAAUGAAAGAGCAUCCUUGUUGUACCAUGCAGUGAAACAUUUCAUGGUAUUAAUCAGUGUAGAAAGUAAGCCCCACCUUUUAGAAUCAAUGUCAUACCCUUUAUCUCCGUAUUGUUUUCUUUAGCUGUACAGAGAGCCACAUUCCAGUUGGAAUCACACUUUACACAUACAGUGCCAUCCUUAUCAGAAACUGGGACAGGAGAGUGUUACUCAUUCAAUAUUUCACGAUUGUGACACAUUGUCCAAUACAGAGAGCAUAAGUGCCUGCAGAACAACAUGGACGAGAGUGCUUCUCUAAUGCAUUGUACCUUCAGAGGGUGUAUCUUGCAUGUGCUUUCUAGAAAUUCAAAUUUGAACAAAGCACUAAGUAUGGCAUCGAAAGCUAACUGACAUUACUGAAAGAGCGACUUGGUCUGAGCCGGAAACAUCACAGUUAUCUUAAAUAAUGUAUUCUUCUGGGUGUUUAGAAUUAUUUUUGUAUGUCAUUUAGUGUUGCAUUCAUCACAUCCUGGUGACUUUUUGAAACUCUUAAAUUGUAUGUCAUUUACCUGUUCUGCAACACUGCCCCUAGUGGAUUUAAGAAUUACAUCAGUAAGAAAUACCAUGGAAAACACAUGUGGUAUUUCCUGUAUCCACUGGGGGCAGAGUGCUUCAAGGUGAAGGUCAGUUUUGAAAUGUCACAAGGGUGUGAUCACUGAAACAGAACGUGCUAUACAAAGUGAUUUUAAACAAGAAUACAUUAGUUAAGAUAAAUAACAUUUGAGUUUAUCUUUAAGGGAAGGCAAGUGGAUUUUAAAACAUAAGUUGCUAUGCCUUGUAAAAUUGUAUUAUAAGGAAUGGGAAUUAAUUUACAAAAUAUGUCCACUGAAAGUCUGAGGAUAUUUUAUGGGGUUCUUAUCUCUUAACAUUUUGCACAAACAAAUGCAGGAAACAGGUUAACCACAGAUGGAAGAUGCACAAAAUCAAGAGCGGGUUUUCUUAUUGCAAACCCCUGAAUGUAAAAAGAAAAAAAGUGAUAAUAAAAUACAGAUUGUUUUGUAUUAUAGUCUUUAUUUUUUUUAAAAGAUGCAGCGUUGAAGUAGAUCAAUUAUUGUACCCAUGUAAACAGCAACCAUAUCCGACUAAACGCAAAGAAAAUGAUUCCGGUGAGGAAAAGCUACAUUUACAUUUGCAGGAAACCUAUUUAAAGGAAUGGGUUAAGAUAAAUCUGACCAUUAUAAAUAUACAACUGCAGGUUAGUUUAGUAGAAAUACCAAAAAGGAAACUCGCAAAAUUCUUCAAACCUUUCAUAAAGGUUAAAUUAGUAUUUAAAUACAAUUUCAAAUGGUAAGUACUGUAAUAUUUCAUUUAAAAGAUGACAAAAAUAAAUUAAUUGCACUAAAAAGGGUAUUUGGUGCGAGGAUGCAAUCAGCCUCCAUAGUUCCAACAAUUACAGUGACAAAAUAAUGUUUGUCAUGGUCCUGAUAGACCAAAGAGGUACUUUUCCCACUUAUCAUUUAGACUUUGGGUUAUAUCAAGUCAUACAGUACCAAAAUCUCCUUUAAAAAUUCACGGCUUCAGUGUUGUAGAUGACACCGGAGUAUAAAAUCGUUUGCGUUCGUAAACCACGUUGUCUUUUGUGUUUGUUGCCUGAAUUCAAUGUAAAUACUGAUGGGGGCUGCUACCCCUUUGUUUUUCCUUUUAUGUUUGUCUAUUUUUAUAAGUAAUUGUGUACAUAUGUAUAAACUGCUCUUUUACUAACUGGAGAAACAGAAUCAAAAUAAACAGAGUGAUAGAGAAUCCUUUUUAAAAACA